AUUUGUUGAUAUUCGAUGUUAGUAUCUCAGGUGCACGCGGAAUCGCCGAACUAUGUAUCGGCUUCGCACGAGCUGGAGUCGUUUCAAAGGCAAGUUGCCGACAGAUUUCAAGAUUUAGCUUCUGUGCCUUCCGAUGAAUUGCUUUCACUUCAUUCGGUUCGAAAGUUGCUCGACGCUUUCCUUUGUUGUCAAGAGGAAUUUCGGGCCAUCCUUUUUAAAAACAAAGCUCAACUGACCAAACCUCCCCUGGACCGUCUGAUUGCAGAUUUUUACGAGCGUAGUGUUAAGGCCCUUGAUGUUUGUAAUGCGGUUCGAGAUGGAAUAGAACAUAUCAGGCAAUGGCAGAAGCUUCUAGAAAUUGUGCUUUGCGCUUUGGGUGAUGGUGAUCUUAAUAAUAACGGUGGUGAAAGCUGCUUUCGGAGAAGUCUUGGAGAAGGGCAAUUUCGUCGCGCGAAAAAGGCUUUGAUAGAUUUAGCCAUUAUGAUGUUUGAUGAGAAAGAUUCCGGUCAAGCUUUGGCUUAUCGGAAUCGUUCCUUUGGGAGAAACAAUCACGGUAGCAGUCACUCCAAGGAUCAUCCUCUUCGUUCUUUGGGUCAUUUCAGGUCGUUGUCUUGGAGUGUCUCGAGGUAUUGGUCUGCGGUUAGGCAGCUCCAGGCCAUAGGGAAUAACUUGACUGUGCCACGGGGGAAUGAGGUUGUGGCUACCAAUGGACUUGCAAUCCCCGGUUACACAAUGGGAUGUGUUUUGUUGUUUGUAAUGUGGGCGUUGGUGGCUGCAAUUCCAUGCCAGGAUCGCGGUUUGCAAGUUCAUUUUUAUGUGCCCAGGCAGUUUCCAUGGGCGGCCCCGAUACUUUCGAUGCACGACCAGAUUAUGGAAGAGUCGAGGAAGAGGGAGAGGAAAAGUUCUUGUGGACUGUUGAGGGAGAUUUAUCAAGUUGAGAAGUGCUCGCGGUUGUUGGGUGAACUUGUCGACUCUGUUCAGUUUCCGUUGAGCGAAGAGAAGGAAGCGGAGGUUAGGCAGAGAGUGAAGGAAUUGAGGAACGUUUGCGAAGCAAUGAAGGAAGGUUUAGAACCAUUGGAAAUGCAAGUUAGGGAGGUGUUUCAUAGGAUCGUUCGGAGCCGAACUGAUGGUCUUGACUCUUUUGGAAGGGGACACAAUCCUGAAUAAAACACUGUUGUUGGGUCGGGUUUGGUUUAAAUUGUAAGUGUCAAAUGUGCAACUUCCCAAUAUGUUUUGAUUUUGGCUUCGACGGAACUCCAGGAUCAUGGAGGAGAUGAAGUUGGAGGAGGAAUGGAGGAGUUCGAGGCAUGCGCCACGAAAAUCUGAAAAAGGAAAAAAGGGUAAGGAGGAAAACAAAAGGAUGAUU